GCCCACUUUUUGUGACAUCAUUUAACAUUUUUGGUUUUGAUAGAAAAUUAAAGGAAAUUCACUGAAAUAUUAUGAGUGAAAGUCGUGAACAAGUCCAGGAACAGAUUAAAGUCCAAGGAGAAGUAGUCCGCAAAUUAAAAGCAGCCAAGGAAGCAAAAGAAAAGAUCCAGUAGAAAGCAUAAAAUAGAGAAAGGGAUGUUGAAACGGUUGUUUCCUUUAGUAUUAAGAAGUAGACGUCAAACUCUUCACGUUUGUCGGCAAUGUUCAAAUGGUGUUCUUCGGGAACCAAAUAGUGAUAUUAGAAAAAAUAUUUUGCAGAUCGAUGAAGAAGUAGCAAAGUUGUUAAAGUUGAAAGCUAAAUUAAGCGACAAUGAGUCAGCAACGCCUCAAAAGUUCACUCUUAAAACUCCAAAAGGCACUAGAGAUUAUAAUCCUGACCAAAUGUCACUUCGUUUGUCAGUCCUUAAUAAGGUAAUUGAAGUUUUUAAGAAGCACGGUGCAGAUACAAUAGAUACUCCAGUUUUUGAGUUAAAGGAAGUUUUGACUGGAAAAUAUGGUGAAGAUUCUAAACUAAUUUAUGAUCUUAAGGAUCAAGGCGGUGAAAUUCUUUCAAUGCGCUAUGACUUAACAGUUCCACUAGCUCGUUAUAUUGCUAUGAAUAAAGUCUCGAGCAUUAAACGAUAUCAUAUUGCAAAAGUUUAUAGACGUGAUAAUCCAGCAAUGACAAAAGGACGAUACCGUGAAUUCUAUCAAUGCGAUUUUGAUAUUGCUGGAACUUAUGAUCCUAUGUUGCCUGAUGCUGAAUGUGUUAAGGUUGUUUCAGAAAUUCUUUCAUCUUUAAAUAUUGGUGACUUUGUUGUAAAAUUAAAUCAUCGUAAAUUGCUUGAUGGCAUGUUUGAAGCAUGUGAUGUUCCACAAGAUAAAUUUAGAACAAUCUGUUCAGCCGUCGAUAAAUUAGAUAAAGUAUCUUGGGCUGAUGUAAAGAAAGAAAUGAUUGAUGAGAAAGGUCUUGACGAAAAGUCUGCAGAUAAAAUUGGAGAAUAUGUUCGUUUGAGUGGCGGUGAAGAGCUUGUCGAAAAGUUGUUGAAUGAUGAAAAGCUUAAAAAUGUUAAAUCAGCAGUUCAAGGUCUUGAAGAUAUGAAAUUACUAUUGAAAUAUUGCAACAUUUUUGGAAUCAAGAAUCAAGUAAGAUUUGAUUUGAGCUUAGCUAGAGGUCUUGAUUAUUACACGGGAGUGAUUUAUGAAGCCGUUUUAUUAGGAGAUGAAAAAGAUAGAAAGAAAGGAGAAGAGACAAUUGGAUCUGUUGCAGGUGGCGGUAGAUAUGAUAAUCUUGUUGGUAUGUUUGAUACAAAAGGCAAACAAGUUCCAUGUGUUGGAGUUUCGAUUGGUGUUGAAAGAGUUUUUGCAAUUUUGGAAUCAAAAAAUGCCGCGAGUAAGACAAAAAUACGUUCAAGUGAGAUUCAAGUUUAUGUAGCUUCGGCUCAUAAAGGCUUACAAGAAAAACGUCUAGAACUUCUCUCAAAAUUAUGGGAUGGUGGAAUUAAAGCUGAACAUUCUUAUAAAUCAAAUCCCAAGUUACUUGUCCAACUUCAAUAUUGCGAAGAACAACAAAUUCCUUUUGCUUUGGUCCUUGGUGAUAGUGAGCUUGAACGAGGCAUUGUGAAAUUUCGAGAUGUUUUGACAAGAAAGGAGCAAGAACUUCCAAUUGAUAAUUUAGUAGAAGCCAUUAAAUGGAACUUAAGUAAUAAAGGAUACUAAUUUAUUAUAUCACAGCAUCAUUUGUCCUUUUUUGAUAUGAAAUAAAAAGCAUUAACAGCACA